GAGUUCUUGAGGCUGUCUCCCCUGCGGAAGGUGCCAGCCGUCGGACCGAUGCCACGUGGGAGCCAGUUGGAGUUGGAGAAAAGAGGACUGCGCAGUUAGACGGACAGCUGUGGCGCCUCGACUGCUAGUUAGAGACAAGGAUAAGCGGACAACAGAACAGUGUGGUCCUGCAGAAGCUGAAGCCUGAUGCUCCUUACACCAUCACCCUGUCCUCCCUGUGUCCUGAUGCGGAUGGAGGUCUGAUGAUGGGAAGAUGCAAGACCAAACCUUUGAGUACCGUGAGGAACUACAGAGUGUAUGACCCUGCCACCAGAACUUUGAACGUUCGCUGGGACCACGUGGAGGGAAAUACUGACCACUGCAAGCUCUUCUGUGCACCAACAGCAGGUGCCAAUCCCUGGGAACAUGAAUUAUGCUGUUCUUAGGAAUCUGCAGCCGGAUGCCCCAUACACCGUUACAGUGGUUCCCGUUUAUCCUGAGGGCGAUGGAGGGCAUACACCAGACACUGGAAGGACAUGGAAAUCCUCCGCACUCUCGUUCUUUCCCAUCCUGGGUCUGAUGUUUAUGAACUUCUGUGGAAGCUUAUUCUCAUUGCUGCCGCCUGGGGAGUUCCUAGUUUUCUUUCGUUCGUCUGGAGGACCAUCGUCGCUGUAGAGCCUCCAGUGACUCAAGUUACUUUAAAGCAGAUAACUGGAAAGAUCAAGAGUCUUGAGAAAGAAAACAGAGAACUUGCAGAAAAUAUAUCUGCUUGGAAGCAGAAGACCGAUGAUGCAAAGAAAUACUUAGGGAAGACCACUAGGCAAAAGAAGAUGCUCUCUGAGGAAGCACUGAAGUUUGAGAACUUGGAAACUAUUGAGAAGGAUAAUGAAUAUUUGAAUGACAUGAUUCAAAUUGCUCGAGCUAAAGUGCAGGCAGCGAGGGACCAGAACGCCAAGCGUCUGCGCUCGCCACGUGUUUUGAAGACCAGAUCUGAGGGUUCGAUGCAGAACGCUGUGAUGACUGUGGACUGCAGCCUGGAAGAACGUAAAAAGAAAACGCAAGACCACCAUGCUGCAUCGGGAUCUGUGAAUGUAGUAGAGGAAGCCAGUUUCCAAAAGCUGAAGAAGAAAGCACGCUGCUUUGAUAAAACUUGUGGACAGAGAAAUAUAGGCACUGAAGGAAGAGUUGAAUGUCACGGGCAAACGUGGGAAGCAGAGAUCACUUGGAGACACCAGGUACCCUGCCUUCCUCCUGACACACCGAGUCCUCAGCACCUGAUGGAGACGGUCACUGUGGCCCUGAGAACCCCUUGCCAUGGGGUGUUUCUUGAUGUGUUGACUUCUAAGAUCGCUCUUGCCGUGAAGAAGGCCCAAGACAACUGGCUCGGGGCUCAGGAGCUGGAGAGGGAAAAUGCUCAGUUGAGAAGGGAGAAUGCCCACCUGAAACAAAGACUGGACAUAACUUGCAGAGAGAGGCAGACAGAGGAAUACAUGAGGCAGGACCCUACCCCAGGAGGGCCACACAGGCUGCCUCCUCCCCUGAGAGAUUCAGGACCUGGUGCAGCUCCAGUGCAGAACGGCAACUCCUGCCCUUCUGAGGCGGCCACGGAGGCCCAGGUUACUUUUGAUGCAAGAGGGCCCCAUCCUUACCCUGGGCCACCUCCACCUGGGACCACCUUGUGCCCUGUGCAGCCUCGCCCACCACUACCAGCUGCGCCACUUGAUGGGAUAUCAAUCUACAAAUUUGGAAAAAACAAAGAAUCUUCUGAUAAGAAGGACGGGGCGACUGAGCUAACGGUCGCAAAACCAGAAGAUGUUCCUGAGCCUGCUGACAUCGCUCAAGAGGAACUGGCAGAUGAUAACACGUUGACCUCUCUCGACGGAGCACUCGGGAGUGACGUGUUCG